ACUGGAAUAUGCAAGCAUUCAUCUUUUGAAUUGACACGCACUUUAUUCUCUCAUCCAGCGAGCAUCUUAGCCAUUACGGCAAGGCUUUUAUAAUCUCCCAGGCGUAAUGUUUUCUCGGUCUUGACGAGAUUUCAGGCUUGUUGAAUUCAUGCGACAAAUAUCAUGGCUUCAAAUACCAUAACAAUAGCAGCCGCAUCGUCAGUGGGCUCCGAUGUCUUCGCCGUGCUUUCGUUACUAGUGAUCUCUCUUGGCGUUCUUUUACUCUUGCGACAUUAUCUCCCGCUACGAUCGACUCCGGACUAUCUUCUGGUACCGAUAUUCCUCGCCUUGGCGCUUCCGGCAAGCAUUAUCCUUCUAGUGCCUAUUGAUCUUGCAUCAAGUUCCCGGGAUGAAGAAGUUAAGGUCAAGGCGAUCUGGUUACCGGAAAGAGUCGUCCUAGUAUCAUGGCGUAUCACAUACUGGCUUACAUUUGCCUUAACAUGGUUCAUCCUACCCUUGCUCGGAAGUUACGCCGACUCCGGCCACAGGACCUUGAGAGACCGAUUUCUCUACUCUCUGCGUGAGAAUGGGCGAUACCAAUUGAUAGUUUUGGGAAGCGCAUCGAUCGGUCUCGUGUAUUUCUUCGUGCAGUCCGGAUUUCAUCUCAUGUCACUCAAAGGUUUAGUCAUGGCGCUGGCAUAUUGCUGGGCUCUUACGCUCGCAAUUUAUCUCAUGGGCCAUGGUCUUGUUGCACUUCCGAGACGGCUUCUUCGAAACGCGAGCAUUAGCGGAAGACUACGACGAUUACAAAUCCAAGCUCCUAAAGUCUACGAUAGGCUCAACGAUGCCAUUGAAGAGCUAGGCAGCCUCGAACUACAAGUCGAGCAACUGCGCCGACGCAAGACCGGCAGCGCCGUUCAAUUUCACGAUUGGAUCGAUGAACUAGCGGAAAUGUCCACCCUCCCGGAAUCUCGCGUUGGCUCCGCUCCAACCGGCAUCCUUGAUCCUGCCGGGUCGUCCAUUCCCUCCGUCAUCACGGAGCGCUACCUAGCCGAUCUGACGCGGAAGCUACAACGAGCUCGCCAUGCACGCGUUCGAUUUAUCGAUGAAUGGGAUCACCUCGUGGAAGAAGCCGCCGACACCCAAGCUAUUCUUGACGCACAUACGUCGCACCGUCUCGAGUUCGGCAAAUCUAGCCCAUCCUCGUCCUUUCUAUCCCGCCUGACGCUCCUCACACCUUAUACACGCUUUCAACUCCACGCCCACAUCAUACCCUACAUCCGGCUCAUGCUUGGCACAUUCCUAUCGCUGGCCUCUAUAUCCAUCAUCUGGUCUGAACUCGUCAAGAUUGCCAACCCGAAACUCUCCAUAAUUGCACUUACUGUCGUCCACCAUCGUCGCCAAGGCACUGUCGGAUUUGCUGGUCAAUGCAUCGCCUCUGCGUGGCUCCUAUACAUGUGCACCGCGGCACUCACAUCCAUCAGCGACGCAAAGGUAUGGGGCAACCGCGCUCUCGUCCGGCGCAACACCUACGGCGAAAGCGCAUGCUGGUACGCUAUGCAGAUCGCCAAGCUCACAGUGCCGCUGGCAUACAACUUUGUCACUUUCCUACCUCCUGAAAUCUACCAGGAAACAACUUACCACAAAUUCCUCGGACGCCUAAUCAAUCUCACCCCUCUCGGCAAAGGUUUCGACUACUUCUUCCCCAUUCUAAUCCUCAUUCCUGUCCUCGCGACCCUCUUCAAUCUCUACGGAAAGAUUAAGAAUCUCUUUGGAUUCGGCAUCCUCGAAGUCGACGACCAAGGCGAAGAGGGCAAUCUCUCCGGUUACGGGACCGGCGGCUGGCGAGAAGGCCGCGAACUCAUCGAACGUGAGCUCCAAGGCUACUCUUCCACUCAAGGCAUCGCGUCCAGAUCGGCCGGUCUAAGCAAUUACUCUUCUGGUCGUACCGCCGGCACUACUGGCACUGCAGACGGCGGUGGCGCUCAAGCAGGGAGGCCAGGCAUUGGACGUCCAAAUACUGGUACCAGUCUUCGUGUCCAAGACCGCUACCGAGAUUCAGACGACCCCAACCGUCGUGACUCCCUAGAAGACGAGGGCUUUUUCGAAGGUUUCGCACAUCGUGUCCGAAAUACUUUUGAAACAACAGAUACGCCCCGCUGGGUGUCCAAUCUUGGAGAAUCUUUCAAGAAGCCCAAAUGGCUGGCUUCCUCUUCCUCGACAGGUCACGGAGAGGGUGGCGGCUCAUCGGGUAAUCAAGGUGGCGGUCUAGCGAGAUGGUUUGGCGGUCGUCCUACCGACGGACACGUCAGGUUGUGAACAUAUCCUGACCCUGGGUCCUCGUUUUUAUUUUUUUGGGUUUUGCUUGGGUGAACAAAGGUUGUUUUUCUCUUGAUAUAGGGUUUUUUGGCCGGAGUAAAGUCGUGUUUCCAGCGGCAGGGUCUCGACUAAUUCUAAGCCCCGAAGUUAGCAUAGAAUUGCAGCACACCGUUUAGACAUCAUGUAUGAUUUUUUUCCCCUUCUUCACAUUACCUUCGUCGGUCACAACGACCUGGGUAAUAGCGGCUUCUGCACCAAACUUUUCUACAAGUAUUUUUUCUUUGAAAAUAGCCCCCCGUGUAGAAU